AUUUCCACUAUGUCUCAAUAUCUUCGUCACAGACCUCCAUCCAUCUGUCCGGAUUAUCACGCCAGACACCAUGGACCAGCCGACACCCCCAAAAUUCAUCGCAGACAAUGACAAGACUGCACAGCAACACCAAGAGCCUAGACUCGCAGCUGAGCCUCGUCUUAAACCCGGGGAUAAGGCCGAAAACACACUAACGGUUAAUCGCGGGGCAAUUCGUGUGCCGUCCCCAGAUCCCUCCUUGGUCUCGAUAGACGACUCCAACAAUGUACGGACUGGCCGAAUCCCAGAUCGUGGUCCUUUUUGUUAUGGGAGGCAGUCUUCUCGGUCGCCUAGCCCCCCACGGACUUUUAAGGGCAAGAUACAAGCUUCGUGGAUAGCCAACAAAGGUUUAGCUCUCGUUUUGAUUUCGCAGCUGUUUGGCACACUGAUGAAUGUCACAACACGCAUGUUGGAAAUGGAAGGCAAUAAUGGCAAUGGCUAUCAUCCGUUCCAGAUACUCUUUGCUAGGAUGAGCAUAACAGUCCUAUGUUCUUCUCUGUAUAUGUGGUAUAAGAAGACGGACCACUUUCCGUUCGGUAUGAAGGAAGUACGCCCGCUACUGAUAGCCCGAGGUCUGACUGGCUUCUUUGGAGUGUUCGGCAUGUAUUAUUCUUUAAUGUAUCUUCCCCUUGCUGAUGCAACAGUCAUCACUUUUCUUGCACCUAGUCUUGCAUGCUGGGCGUGCUCCUACCUUAUCGAUGAACCGUUUACCCGGAUGGAACAGAUCGCAGCAUACGUCUCGCUCUUCGGCGUUGUUUUGAUUGCGCGGCCCGCCUCCCUUUUUGCCGCUCUUUCUCAUUCUCCAGAGAUAAUAUCGCCUGCCAGCGCCAACCCAGAUUCGGUACUUGCGAACACAACGACUGCAUCACCGGACCGCCUUGCCGCAGAUUAUGAAUCUGUAACUCCCAAGCAAAGAGCAAUGGCAGUAGGGAUAGCCAUGCUUGGCGUUUUUGGGGCUGCUGGCGCUUACACUACUAUUCGCUGGAUAGGCAAACGCGCCCAUCCCCUCAUCACGGUCAAUUAUUUUGGAGCCUGGUGUACGAUUGUCAGUAUUGUAGCUAUGCUUACCAUGCCAGGGGUCGGCUUUCUACUUCCAAGCAGCCUUGCAGACUGGUGUUACUUGAUAUUCCUUGGUAUCUGCGGCUUCAUUAUGCAAUUCCUCUUAGCAGCCGGCCUGCAAUAUGAAAAGUCAUCUCGUGCUACCAAUAUGGUUUAUAUGCAAAUGUUGUUCGCUCUUUCAUUUGACAAGCUCAUUUGGGACACAACGCCAGGCACCCUUUCUAUCAUUGGCUCUUCACUCAUCUUAGGUUCUGCGAUUUAUGUUGCUGUGAAUAAGGAGCAUUCGAAAAAGGUUGCACUAAGGGAGAGGGGAAAUGGAGAGGAAGAAAUGGGGCUCAUGGCUCCGGGUUAUGAUAACGAGCAACGAGACCAUGAUGAUACGGGUGUACAGAUGAGGUCCUUGAGAUGAUUUCUUUUGAUGAUAGUACAUGGCGUUUGGAUAGGGGAAAGAUUGGUUGUAUAUUAGAAAUAACAAACGCACGGUACAGAAAGAGCAAUUGCACUAGACAGACAUAUGAGCAACAACAUUAUAGUCAACCUUUUACUCAG